CUCCAGCGGCCCGAAGCGGCCGCCCGGCCCGCGGCGCGGCCCCCCUCCCAGCGGACGCGCACGGCCCCAUGCCGCCCGGCGGGGGCGCAAGGCCGCGGGUCCUCCUCGUGCGGUGGCUGGCCGCACUGGCGGUGGCCGCCGCGCUCGGGCGCGGCGAGGACGGCGAGGAGCGCUGCCCCGUGGGAGCGCCGCCCCCCGGCGCGCAUCGCGCGGGCGCGGCGCCACGCUGUGCCGCGGAGGAGAAUGCGCUGCUGCAGGUGCCGCGGCCCGCGCCGCCGAGGCACCCGCCGCCCGACGCCGAGGCCACCGCGGGCCCGCCGCGGCCUGCCGCCGCGCACCCGCGGCCCGCCUCGGCCCCGGCCCCGGGCGGCGCCGAGGCCCCGCCGCGGCCCGGCGCCGCCCGCGGGCGGGCGGAGGCCGAGGCCGCGGCCGCGGCCGGCCCGGCGCGGGCCCGCGGGCGGCGCGGCGCGGCGGCGCGUGCGGCGCGGGCGGCGCCGCGGCUCGCGGAGGCGUGGCGGGGCGCACGGGCGGAGCUGCGCGCGGCCGUGCGGGAGUUUGCCCGGGGCCUGGCGGCCGAGGGCCGCGGGACGCGGCGCCUGACCAGCGAGAUGCUGUGCCUCAUGGCCGCCGUGCUCGUCCUGCAGGUCGCCCUGGUGGGCUUUGUCGCCCUGGCGUACUACGACUCUUGCCGCUCCCGCCCAGAGAUUGACCCCGCGCGGCGUGGCGCGGACAUGAGGGAGUGGAGCUCUGGCCUGCUGCUUGGUUGCUGCUCGGAGCCGCGCGUCUUGUUCUGGUCGCUGGCGUGCCCCUGCGUGCGCUGGGCGGACUCCAUGCACACGGUCGGCAUCAUGAGCUUCUGGUGCGCCCUGUGGCUGUCCACGCUUGCCGUCCUGAUGACGGAGCUCACCUUCGGCAUCUUCGGGGUGGCCGUCAUUGCGGGCCUGUUCUACUUCCGCCAGAGGCUGCGCAGGAGGUUCAAGAUGGAGAGCUCCGCCAGCACCUACGCGGCCGACUGCCUCGCCCUGUGCUGCUGUCUGCCCUGCGCUCUCGCGCAGGACGCGCGCCACGUGGAGGAGGGCUGCCUGGUGGGGGACCCGGCCAUCGCCCUGCACCUGGAGUUCUUGGACGGGUGA